AUGAGUUUGCUGAAAGUUACUUAUUUAUGCAUAGCGUUAUUGAUCAGCCCAUGUUACACCAACUCUUUUCCCGAUGUACCGAGUAAGUACGUGAGCGAUAAAUGCAAAGAGGUAGCUGAAAGAUUUGUCGUACCAAAGGUUCCACUGGCGUACAACAGUGCACUUUUUUGCAUGUUUCAAAACCUUGAGGUUUUGCAAGAUAUGCGAUCGCUUCAAUUGGCUUUGACGACACCCCACACAGGAAGGUCAAUUUGCCAGAUAGAAGUAAACUGGUUCAAUAAAACAGCUAAGGAGGUUAAAUUGACAAUAUAUGAUACGGAUUUGCAAGGAAACUGCACUCCGAGGAGUAGUGCAGUAAUUGUCAAGGCUCGUGAAGAUUGGAGAACCAAGCAACUUUCAGAAUUUAGAAUUCCACGAACAAUAGGUAAUGCACGAGGAAGGAAAAAACCAUGGACGCUAUGGACAGACACCCGAAUUCUUUUCACGGAUUAUGACACAUGUCUGAUUUUUAUUACUUCGUUCAAUGGCGAAAAGUAUUGCGAGCUUUUGGUUGCAAGAAAGACUUCUAUUAACAUGUAUAUUACGCCAUGCCACUCGAUUUAUCGGAUAUACUGCGGGUAUGGACGGCCAAAACGAGAUGCAUGGCCGAACCCCGUCAAUUCCUCAAGUGAUUCUGACUUUUUAGUGGAAGCGCAUACACUUCGGAUGUUAAUAGUACACAUAGAUCCUUUACAAGAGGACACGAUCUUCAUGAAUGAAUUUCAGCUGAUCACGGAGGUUUUGUACAACAUCCCAGAGGCCAACCUAUACGCCUCAACUUCCAAAGAUGCAAAGAAUAAAAGGCUGUGCGGAAUACAAAUUUACAAGAUAAUGCCUGAUUUCGCAACCUUGGAGGCUCGAGCGAUGAUCCUUAGAGAAAAAUAUACUUUCUACUUGCACUCCUACUAUUCAAUGGAUGCCAGUGCCAUUUCUCCAACGCAAAUCUCACUUCUGGAUCAGCACGCGGGUCCAUACCCUAACCACAGGAGAGUACGACGGGUGCUCGUGUCCGAUUUCAAGAACUGCUUCGUUCUAAAAACAGUCAACAACGGAAACAACGAAAAGCAGGCUUCCUUUUGUGAGUUGUUUGUUAAGAAUAAUACAAACAUCAGCACUGGCCUGGAUGAAUGCUCCUUCAUAUUCCUCGCAUACUGUGGGUACCCGAAGGCUGUUUACAAUGAGAGCAGCUGUUACACCAGGAAAUAG